AUGGCUAUCGAGACCGUUUUGAAGGCAUGGGAAGCAUGCUCGAAGACGGAUACCAUGUUUAUUUUGGUCUGCUCCGUUUUUUGCUGGCCUAUCAUUCCAGCCGUAGGCCUGGGAUAUUCUGGAUAUUCCACGCGCCGCUCUGGACUUGCCUCAUUCAUGCCGUCGAUUCUCUCUGUUGCCGUCUGCUCAAUUCAAUGGUUUGUCAUCGGCUACACCUUAGCCUACGGUGAGGGCGGUUUGAUCUUUGGUAAUUUGAAAAAUGCGUUUCAUAUCGACGUACUUGCUGAGCCUGUCGGAACUAUACCUGCGAUCCUAUUCAGCGAGUUUCAACUAAUCUUUGAGGCCACUGUGUGCGCAAUCGCAGUUGGUGGUGCUUGUGAGAGGGGUAGAUUACUGCCGAUCAUUCCUUUCAUCGCUCUCUGGUCAACAUUCAUAUACUGCCCAUUGGCACAUAUGGUAUGGGGUGGAGGAUUUCUGGGAGAGUUUGGAGCACUGGACUUUGCUGGAGGAACUCCCGUCCACAUCUGCUCGGGAGCCACAGCGACAGCCUUGAGUCUGUACCUAUCCUAUCCCAUCGCUCGCUCCAGGAAAUCAGAAAAGCGAACGCCUGGUCACCUCAAGCUGCAUCGACCGCACAACUCCAUGUGUCAGCUUUUAGCUAUGAUCAUUAUCUGGGGUUCCUGGCUCGCAUUCGAUGCUGGGACAACAUUAUCUCUAAACUUCAAAUCAGUCAUGGCCAUGUGCGUUACGAACCUUUGUGCAUCUGCCGGCGCCAUCACUUGGGCAUGUUUGACAUACUGGGAAUCCGGAAAGUGGUCACUGGACUCGACAUUUAUGGGGGCGAUUGCCGGUUUGGUCCUCAUCACACCAUCAGCAGGCUUCAUUGACAUGCCCACUGCGUUCUUCUUCGGUGUAUUUGGUGCUCUGAUAUGUCGUCAAGCCUUGCGUUUCAAAUUCACCGACUUUGCAAGACGAAUUCGUUGGGUUGACAAUGGUGAUACCUUUGCCACACACUGUGUUGGCGGGUUCGUUGGCACGAUCGCGACUGGACUCUUUGCCAGAAAGGAAGUUGCUGGAUACGAUGGCGUGACUGAAAUCGAGGGCGGCGUCUUUUUCGACGGAAACCUUCGUCAAUUGUAUGUUCAAAUCGUGGAGGCCCUAGUUGGCUUCGCGUGGUCAUUUAUUGGAAGCUUUUUGAUCGCAGCCUUGAUCGAUUGUAUACCCGGCUUCGAAUUUUUGGCGCCCGAUGAUGAAGUCAUUGCUGGUAUGGAUGCGUCUCAAAUGGACGAGUCCCUGUACGAGGCACAGUGGACAUCUGCAGGUGAAGAAAAUUAUCAUCCCUUCGGCAAAGGAAACAUAGAGCUCGACUGAAGUACAAAUCGAUAGCUGCAACAAGGUUAGUUUAGGGGUUUUCGAGAGCGCGACACAGCUUUUUAUUCCCUUCCGCAGAAAGAUCUAUUUAUAUACGCAGCAUUGAAGAGCAUUAGACUUAAUUCUCAAUUGGAAGCUACCGACGAGUUCAUCUUUCCGC